GCGGGGUGGGCUGAGCUCCUGGGCCUCCAGGGGCAAAGGAUGCCACCACCCCGCCCUACCCCUCCCCGUGCGCUUCCUAGGGAAGAUAUUUUUUGCCUCCGCCUUCGCCGUGGCCUUGAGAAACUUUGAGUUUGGAUGAAGGCUCUGGGGACACGGAGGCCUAGGGAUUCUGUGUCUUGACCAGAACCUCGCAGGGGCCACCUUCGCGUCAGGAAUCAGGUGGAUGUGGUUGGGCCACUUGGAAGUCCCUGUUCCUGGAGACUGAUCCACAGGAGGGAAGGCCAGUAACAGCCCAGUGUCCUGAUCGUCGAACCUCACCUGCUGCUCCAGCAACCUCUCAGCUGUGUGGAGCCUGAGGCCUGAUUUGGACCUUCACUGGGGAACUGACCAGGCAUCGUUCCUCACGACCGACACGUCUCAGCUCUCUGCUCUUAGCAGCCCUGUGACGUGGGUGCUAAUACCUGCUGCCACCCCAUUUCACAGACGAGUGAAGGGAGCCUCCCAGGAUGUCUGCCUCGCCGGAGGAGCUGAGCAUGGUGGGAGAGAUACGGAACAUGUCGGUGGACGAGUGCUUCCAGUCUCGGAGCACGGUCCUCCAGGGACAGCCCUUCGGGGGCAUCCCCACCGUCCUGCUCAUCAACGUCAUCUUGUGGCUGCUCGUGCUUCUGGUGUACUCUUUCCUCCGGAAAGCUGCGUGGGACUACGGGCGCCUCGCUCUGCUGAUCCACAAUGACAGCCUGACCUCGCUGAUCUAUGGGGAGCAGAGUGAGAAGACGUCUCCCUCAGAGACUUCCUUGGAGAUGGAACGCAGGGACAAGGGCUUCUGUUCCUGGUUCUUCAACAGCAUCACCAUGAAGGAUGACGAUCUCAUUAGCAAGUGUGGAGACGACGCCCGCAUCUACAUCAUGUUCCAGUACCACCUCAUCAUCUUCGUCUUCAUCCUCUGCAUCCCCUCCCUGGGCAUCAUUUUGCCCAUCAACUACACUGGAACGGUUUUGGACCGCAAGAGUCACUUUGGUCGGACCACCAUUGUCAAUGUCUCCACAGAGAGUAAGGUCCUCUGGCUGCACAGCCUCUUCUCCUUCCUGUACUUCGCCACCAACUUCAUCUUCAUGGCUCAUCACUGCCUGGGCUUUGUGCCCAGGAAGAGCCAAAAGGUCACAAGGACACUGAUGAUCACCUAUGUGCCCACAGACAUCCAAGACCCAGAAAUCAUCAUCAAGCAUUUUCACGAGGCCUAUCCCGGGUGCGUCGUGACCAGAGUCCACUUCUGCUACGACGUCAGGACCCUGAUCGAUUUGGACGAUCAGAGGCGCCACGCCAUGCGGGGCCGGCUCUUCUACACGGCCAAGGCCAAGAAGACCGGGAAGGUGAUGAUCAAGAUCCACCCCUGCUCCCGCCUCUGCUUCUGCAGCUGCUGGACCUGCUUCAAGGAGGUAGACGCAGAGCAGUACUACAGCGAGCUGGAGGAGCAGCUGACGGAUGAGUUCAACGCCGAGCUCAACCGCGUCCAGCUGAAGCGGCUCGACCUGAUCUUUGUCACCUUCCAGGACUCCAAGAUGGCCAAGAGUGUCCGGGAGGAUUACAAGUACAUCCACUGUGGCGUGCGCCCCCAGCAGUCCUCGGUGACCACCGUCGUCAAGUCCUACCAGUGGAGGGUCGCUCUCGCCCCACACCCCAAAGACAUCAUUUGGAAACACCUGUCCAUCCGCCGCUUCAUGUGGUGGGCCCGCUUUAUCGCAAUCAACACCUUCCUCUUCUGCCUCUUCUUCUUCCUCACUACGCCCGCCAUCAUCAUGAACACCAUCGACAUGUACAACGUCACCCGCCCCAUCGAGAAUUUGCAGAGCCCGAUCGUGACCCAGUUCUUCCCCUCCCUGAUGCUCUGGGCCUUCACGGUGAUCAUGCCCAUGAUCGUCUACUUCUCGGCCUUCCUGGAGGCCCACUGGACCAGGUCAAGUCAGAAUCUAAUCAUAGUGCACAAGUGCUACAUCUUCCUGGUGUUCAUGGUGGUCAUUCUACCCUCUAUGGGUCUGACCAGUUUGGAUGUCUUUUUCCGCUGGCUCUUUGACAUCUACUAUCUGGAGCAGGCGUCCAUCAGGUUCCAGAACAAUGAUUUUGAAAUAGUUGUAGAGUCACAAGACAUCACCAAAAAAAUGUGUAGUAUAUGGAAGGGUGCACCCUCACCCAGUUUCCCUGAUGCCAUGCUGGGCACGGGGAUGGAGCUGCUGCGUCUGGGCUCGCUCUGCUUGUACAGCACCCGCCUCUUCUUUUCCAGAUCAGAGCCCGAGAGAGUCCACAUCAGAAAGAGCCAGGCCAUAGACUUCCAGUACGGGCGAGAGUACGCGUGGAUGCUGAACGUCUUCAGCGUGGUGAUGGCGUACAGCAUCACCUGUCCUAUCAUUGUCCCUUUCGGGCUGCUGUACCUGUGCAUGAAGCACUUGACGGACCGCUACAACAUGUACUUCUCCUACGCGCCCACCAAGCUCAACGAGCAGAUCCACAUGGCCGCCAUCUACCAGGCCAUCUUCGCCCCGCUCUUGGGGCUCUUCUGGAUGCUCUUCUUCUCCAUCCUGCGACUAGGUUCUCUGCACUCCAUCACCUUCUUCUCCCUGUCCACCCUUGUCAUUUCCAUGGUAAUUGCCAUUUUGGGCACUUUUCUGGGGAAGCUUCAGAAGGACAUUGAUUAUGAGCCUGAGGAGGAGAUCGAGACGGUGUUUGACAUGGAGCCCAGCAGUACAUCCUCCACGCCCACCUCCCUUCUGUACGUGGCCACCGUGCUGCAGGAGCCGGAGCUGAACCUGACCCCGGCCUCCUCCCCAGCCCGGCACACCUACGGCACCAUGAACAGCCAGCCGGAAGAGGGAGAAGAAGAGAGUGGUCUGAGGGGCUUUGCGAGGGAGAUGGACUCGGCCCAGUUCCAGGAAGGGCUGGAACUAGAAGGCCAGAGCCAAUACCACUGACCAGGACCCAAGGCCUCUACCUGGUAACUCCAGUCGGGGGCCGGGGGAGGGCCUGGCAAGGGGAGGCAGGCGGGCGGCCCGGCCUCCCCACAACCUGCUGCAGACUUUCGGAAGCCCCCAGUGGAGACGCCUCCCCCCCUG